UAAACGGGUUGGUUUUGAACGCCUGAACCUGAAACACACACCGAUCAACUGAAAUCUCGCCAUGGCGCUGCUUCGCUGCCUCCUCGUCGUCCUCGCCGUCGUCGUGGCCUCCGCUGGGCUCUCCUUGGCCGAGGAGAACACCGGCGGCGCGGGACGGCAAGUGUCCCCGUCGCCGGCGCCGUCGACAGGGAAGCACCCGUGCCUGGACAACUCGCCGAACAUGACGGAGAAGACGGGUGGGGAGGCCGGCGAGGUCGUCCACGACUACGGCGGCCUGGAGUGCUACGUCACCGGCUCCCGCCGCUCCGGCCGCGCCAUCAUCCUCGUCUCUGACUAUUACGGUUUCCGAGCACCAAAGCUGAGACAAAUAGCGGACAAAGUUGCAUACUCCGGAUACUACGUUGUGGUUCCUGAUUUGUUGUACGGUGACCCUUACACGGAUGAUCCAGCAAGGCCAUUUUGGGUGUGGAUCAUGGCUCACUCUCCGGAGGAAGCAGCUGAAAAGACUAAACCGCUCAUUGCGGUUCUGAAGAAGGAAGGGAUGUCCUCUGUUGGGGUUGGAGGUUAUUGCUGGGGUGGAAAGGUGGCCGUGGAACUAUCAAAGACCGAAGAAACCCAAGCGGUAGUCAUUUCACAUCCUUCGCUAGUGACCGUACAUGACAUGACAGAGGUCAAACGUCCAAUUGAGAUUCUUGGAGGUGAGCGUGAUACCAUCACGCCACCACUUGUUGUGCACCAGUUUGAGCAUGCCUUAGAUCAGAACAACAGGGUUGAUCACUUCGUGAAGACCUUCCCCAAGGCGCCCCAUGCCUUCGCUUGCAGAUACAACGCCAGCGAUCCGUUCGCCGUCAAAACUGCAGAAGAAGCUCGUGCUGACAUGGUCCAGUGGUUCGACGAGUAUCUGAAGCAGCACGGAGAGUUUCAGUUGCAGUAAUUAUUGAAUUUAUUUCAUCAGCCGCGUCAUGACAGGAUGUGUAUUAUGAUAUUAUUAGCGAUACUAUAAAUAUUAAAAUUUUAA